GGGGGCGGCGCCGGCUGGGGUGUGAGCGAGGUUAUGGGAGUUGUGGGGUUUGUGGUGCUGGCUGGGCGCCCGGUGCCCUGCUGCGUCCUCUGCCCUCCGGCUUCAGGGCCGCAGAGGCCCAGCGGCUGGGAAUGGCUCCGAAUUAGACGUCUGAUCCCCGCCUAGAGGCCCCGACAAAAGGUGCGUUCCUGAGAGGAACCUGGCCCCGCGACUGCCGAGAGCUGCCUUCCGAGCGACUACCUGGACUCGAGACGGCCUGCGGCCCCCGCCCCUCGUGCGGAUAGCGGGAAGGGGCGGCUCUCCCAGGCUCCCUCUGACUGCCGUCGCGGUAGUCCGUGAGGGAUGGUGGGAGCCGGUGUGGGAGCAGGGCUGUCCCCGUUCAACCAGACUGAGCUGAGCUCCCAGGGCCAGAUUCCCGUCCUCUCCAGGCCUGCCGAUCUUUAAUAGAAAGACCCAGGGAAGGACGAGGGAAAGGAGAAAAGAAUUGCAGGCGCGCAUAAAUCAAGGUCAGAAUGAGUUCACCUUUCCUCUUUGUUCCAUGAAACGGAAUUUUUAUUUUUCCGGGUAUGGGAGCAUUUUUGCUUCCUUCUUCAAUGAAAGAAAACCAGCUCGGACUGAAAAGAGAAAAAGCAGCCAUGUCAUUAGUCAGGCUGAGAAGGGAAAGACAGACAGAGGCAGCUGCACAACUGACAGAAAACGUUAUCUCGCCCCCGGUCGUACAGCGGUUGUAAAAAUGCCCUAACGGCCCCCUCUGAGAGGUUACUGCCUUCUUACCGAUAGUGCCGGCCGCCUGCUUUGCUAUUUUCGUCUCGUUACUGGGGAUGCCCAGUUGCUGAGCCACUCCCACUCAUGACAGCACCCGAUCAUCUCCAGUUAAUCCCCACUUCUAAUCUCAAAGGCCCCCCUGGUGGCGCACUGAGUAAAGUGCUCGACUGCUAGACCAAAAAGUCAGAGGUUCGCGUGCUCCAGGGAAGAAAGAUGUGACAGCCGGCUUCCGUAAAGAUGUAGCGCCUUGGGACCCCUACAGGGUCUCUAUGAGUAGGAACAGACUGGACGGCACUGGGUUCCAUUUGGGCCUCCUGAUCUCACUUUAGAAACAGCAGCCAGUACGCACUGACCCCUGCUGCCCUUAACCAGUUGCUGUGAAGUCAGUUGUGACUCGUGUGUCAGAGUGGAACUGUGCUCCGUAGAGUUUUCAACCGCUGGUUUUUUUGGAAGUAGAUCACCGGGCCUUUCUUUCCAAGCGCAUUAACCGUUCGCACCACCCAGGGACUGCUCGGCUUCCCUUAUCCUCCUCAGAAUCCUUCCGCAAGAACCCAACCCUUAAUAAAGAGGCAUUUCUUCUCGUUGUUGAUUCCACCAGUCUUCUGGAAUUACCUCCUCUCUCUGUGAUUCAGGAAGUCAGUAAGAGUCCAUAAACCUGAUUUUAUCAGACUAUACAGGCAUGUUCCAGUUAGUCUUUAGCCAGUUAGGCUUUAACAUCUGAAACGCCCUGUCCGUGGACCUGGACGUUUGACCGUCUUUCCCAGUAUAUGAUGGGAGUCAAGAGGGUAGGCCACAACACACGCCGUGUCCGUUCUCUUUAGAGGGUGUCUUAGUUAACUAGUGCCGCUAUAACAGAAAUACCACGAGUAGAUGGCUUUAACAGACAGAACUUUAUUCUCUCACAGUCUAGUAGGCUGCCAGGGCACCAGGUCCAGGUGAAGGCUUUCCUUCUCUGUCGGCUCUAGGGGAAAGUCCUUGUCAUCAACCUUCCCUGGUUGAGGAGCUUCUCAGCCCAGGACCCCAGGUCCAAAGGACUUGUUCUCCUGGCUCUACUUUCUUGGUGGUGUGAGGUCCCUGUGUCUGUCUGCUUGCUUCUCUGUAUUUCAAAAGAGAUUGGCUUAAAACACAACCUAAUGUAGCCUGAGUUCUGCCUCAUUGACAUAACUGCCUCUAAUCUCAGUUUAUUAACAUCAUAGAGGUAGGAUUUACAAUGUGUAGGAAAAUCACAUCAGAUAACAAACAGGUGGACAGUCACACAAUACUGGGAACCAUGGCGCAGCCAAGCUGACACACAUUUUUGGGGGACCCAAUCUGGUCCAUAACAGAGGGUACUCACAUGAAUAUUUAAUUUCUGCUUAGAGCAGUCUCUUGCUAAUCAUUUGGAUGGUCUGCAAUUGAACCUCUUAAAGGGAAGCUACCUGCAAACCUUUUAUUUUAGGCUUUACAGUUUGAGGAGAUUUCAGUUUAGAUGGAAUCACCUACUAGGUGUCUUUGGUCUUUUCCACAAACCGGAGUUCCAGAACCAAGGAAAUAUGGGAGAAGGUCUGAUUGUUGACAGGAUAUUCUGCUUUGUAAGGCUUUUAGAAGUGGUAAUGGGAUGGAGUCCCUGGGUGGUACAAAUGCUUAAUACACUUGACUGCUAACUGAGAUGUUGGCAGUUCUAGUUCACCCAGAGAUGCCUCGGAAGAAAGGCCUGGAAAGCUACUUCCAAAAUAUCAGCCAUUGAAAACCAUAUGGAGCACAGUUCUACUCUGACACACAUAGGGUCACCAUGAGUUGGAAUCAACUUGACAGCAGCUGGUUUUGGUUUAAUGUAAUGUGGCAGGGUUUUUAGUUGGUUUUAGUGGGGAAGUUUGUGUCAGCGAGGACAAGGAUUAUUCUCCAAGGAGCAGUAGUAGAGAUUUGAGACAAAGUUAGAAGUCUUUGACAGCAGGAGUUUGUUUCAGGCCACAUACUUAUGUGGUCUUAUGAUAAGCAUUUUAGAGUAGUGGCAGUAUGUAAAAACGAUGUGGGGGCAGUGUCUGACCUCCUCCAAGGCCACAAGGGGUAAGGAGAGCCAAGAUCAAGAGCACAAGGCUGACUCCUAUGAGGUGGAGGCCAGACAAGGCUCCUCUCUCUGCCAUCUUUAGUAAGUCUGACAGCAGCCGUCCCUCACACAGCACUGUCUACUGGGUUCGAAAAUUCAUUGCAGUGGCCACACAGAACUCACAGACUAUACUCACAAUUAUGGGGUUUAUUAGGGAAGUAACACGUUAUAAUUCAGGCUCAGGAACACUGAAGAUACAGCUCUUCCAGCAAGACAGCUUCCUCCCAGCUGUGCUCACAGGCAUGCCUCUCCCUGGCCCUCAAUCUCUGCCCAAAGGCACUCAGCCUUCUCUCUCCAUGGGCAGGGAAGCCCACCAUGCUGCCUCCUGCUGCUGGGUCUCUCCUUCCUUGGUGGUGGGCUCCUCCCCUUGGCUCUGGAAUUGACUCUCUUUUAAGAAAAAACUGACCAAUCCCCUUGGUAGGCCACAGUUAACCUUAUCACACACAAUCACCUGGGUGGGAGUUACAAGACCGUGGCUGGAAAGGCCGCACACAGAAGUAUUAAUCGCACCACAGAGUAACAGGGGUUAUGAAGCUAAAUCACCAGGGUUCUGAUCCGAAACCUAGCGCUUGUACCUGGGUGAGCUUGGGUGAAUUAUUUUCUCUCUCUGUGCAGCAGUUCCUUCUGUAGAGUGAGGAUGAUGGUAGAACCUGCCUACAGGGUUGCUGAGAAGGGAUGAAUUAGUAUGCGUGAAACCCUCGACAAUGCCUGUUACAGAAAUGUGGAUUCAAAACGAAGUUCUGCCGCGUAAUGACUGAAUGUGGGCAGAUGAUUUGACCUCUGAGCGUGAGUUCCCUGAGCUACUGAGAAGAGAGAAGGACUACAACGUAGAACAGUGCGGAGUGUCAAACGCUCUGACUUCCCUGGACUGUGCAAUUCUCCAACAGAGAAAUCUUGAAAAGGAUCGACCAGUUCCUAUAGUUGCAAAACCAUGGCCCAUAGUUCAGUGACUUUCGGGGAUGUAGCCAUAGACUUCUCACAGGAAGAGUGGGAAUGCCUGGACCCUGCUCAGAGGGACUUGUAUAGGGAUGUGAUGUGGGAGAACUACAGCAACUUGGCCUCACUAGCAGGUCCUUCCAUUUCUAAGCCAGAUGUGAUUACCUUACUGGAUGAAGGCAAGGAGCCCUGGAUGGUUGUGAGGGAAGGGGCAAGAAAGCACGGCCCUGAUUUGGAGUCCAGCUACAAGACCAAUAAUUUAUCUCCAGAGAAGGACAUUUAUGAAAUAUAUUCAUUCCAAUGGGAAAUAAUGGAAAGAAUUAAAAGCUAUAGCCUUCAGGGCUGCAUUUAUGGAAAUGAUUGGGAAUGCCAAAACAAGAUUGAGGGGCAAAAGGAACCACAAGAGGGAUAUUUCAGGCAAGUCAAACUUAUCCCUGAAAAAAUGACCACUUACAAAAAACACAGUUUCCUUACUGAGUAUCAGAGAAUUCAUAACGGAGAAAAGUUAUAUGAAUGUAAGGAAUGUAGGAAGACCUUUAUUCGUCGCUCAACACUUAGUCAACACCUGAGAAUUCAUACUGGUGAGAAACCUUAUAAAUGUAAGGAAUGUGGGCAGGCCUUUAGACAGCGCGCACACCUUAUUCGGCAUCACAAACUUCAUACUGGUGAGAAACCCUAUGAAUGUAAGGAAUGUGGGAAGGCAUUUACAGUGCUCCAAGAACUUACUCAACAUCAGAGACUUCACACUGGUGAGAAACCCUAUGAAUGUAAGGAAUGUGGGAAGGCCUUUAGAGUACAUCAACAACUUGCUCGACAUCAGAGAAUUCACACUGGUGAGAAACCUUAUGAAUGUAAAGCAUGUGGAAAGACCUUUAGACAGUGUACACACCUUACUCGACAUCAGAGACUUCAUACGGCUGAGAAGCUUCAUGAAUGUAAGGAAUGUGGGAAAGCCUUUGUAUGUGGUCCAGACCUUAGAGUACAUCAGAAAAUUCAUUUUGGCGAGAAACCCUACGCGUGUAAGGAAUGUGGAAAGGCUUUUAGAAUAUGCCAGCAACUUACUGUCCAUCAGAGUAUUCACACUGGUGAGAAGCCCUAUGAAUGUAAGGAAUGUGGGAAGGCUUUUAGAUUAAGGCAGCAACUUGUUCGCCAUCAGAGAAUUCAUACUCGUGAGAAACCCUAUGAAUGUGUGGAGUGUUGGAAGACCUUUAGUAGUUACUCACAACUUAUUUCACAUCAGAGCAUUCAUAUUGGCGAGCGACCCUAUGAGUGUGAAGAAUGUGGGAAGGCUUUUAGACUGCUCUCACAACUUACUCAACAUCAGAGUAUUCAUACUGGUGAGAAACCUUAUGAAUGUAAGGAAUGUAGGAAACCCUUUAGACUGCUCUCACAACUUACUCAACAUCAGAGUAUUCAUACUGGUGAGAAACCUUAUGAAUGUAAAGAAUGUGGUAAGGCUUUUAGACUUUAUUCAUUUCUUACUCAACACCAGAGAAUUCAUACUGGUGAGAAACCCUACAAAUGUAAGGAAUGUAAGAAGGCCUUUAGACAACAUUCACACCUUACUCAACAUCAGAAAAUUCAUAAUGUAAUUUAAUACAAGAAACCCUUCAAAUGGACUUUGUGUUACCAGACAUCACAAAAUUCAUUCUUGAGAAAGUUUGUUUCAUUCUCACAAUUAACUCAGCCUAAGAGAUUUUAUAUUAGAUAAAAAUAUGUUGAUUUAAAAGUCUCCUACUACCACUCAAAUAUUGUUUAUCUUUACCAAACUUGUGAGAGAAUAGUAUAAUGAAUGUAGGAAAAUCUUAGCCUUAUCUAUUAUUAUAUCCAUUUCACUACUUUAUUACCAAUGUGACAGCGGACAAGAUACUUAAACUUCUGUGCCUCAUUUUACUCAUUUUUAAAAUGGUGAUGCAUAUUAGUUAUUAAAUUGCCACAAACUUAGUAGCUUAAAACAGCACACAAUUAUUAUCUCACAGUUUCUAUCAGCCAGAAGUCCAGGCAUGACUUUGUUGGUCCCUCUACUUCAUGGUUUCUAAUGAGGCUACAGUCAAGGUUUCAGCCAGGGCUGGGGUCGAAUCUGAAGGCUUGGCUGAGGAGGGAUCCACUUCUCUUGGUCAGAAGCAAGUCAUGAGGCCAGCCCACAGUCAAGAGAAGGAGUUUACACAAGAACGUGAAUACCAGUAGGUGGGGGACCACUGGGAGCCGUUUUAGAGUCAGCCUGCCACACUAUGUGAAAGGAUGGUUGUAAGGAUUAAGUAGUUAAUACUUGCAAGAGUAGCAGCUACAUAGCAUGUAUUCUGUAAAUAUUUUCUAUAAUUGUUAUCAUUAGUUUAUUCAUGAAAGAAAGAUCCUAUAGAAGUAAUAAAUGUAGAAAUGCCUUCUAUCACCUCUCAGCACUUAUUAAACUUAAAAUAAUUUAUUGUGGAUAAAAGCGAGGAGAUUACAGUGAAUGUAAGUUCUUCAUCCCUUCAGCUACAUUAGAAAUUUUUCGUUGAAAAGAAACUGGAUUUUGUGAAUGUGGGGUUAUUAAAUGUACAGCUGUUAACAAAUCAGGAAUAUGAAAUGAUUUUCCCAUGGUAAAUUCCAAAAACAAAUGGUUUACAAUCCCCACUAUCUGACCACAAUUCAGGAUGAAUUAGAAAUGAUAAAAAAAGAUGGCAAAAAAGAAACCACUUGGGAAUUUAAUAUUGGUGUGUGUGUGUUGUGUGUGUGUGUGCAAGUCCCAUAAUUGAAAUUCAAUUGAAAAUAGAUGUAUUUUUUAAUGUUCAAAUUGCUCCGUUCUUACCAGUGGGGGUUCUUUCGAGUUGGGUCUUUUGACACGACCCGACCAGUAGUUUGAUGGCUUACUUGGUUUUGGCUGCACAAUUUGCUCAGCUGUAGAAGAUACUAUCCCACCAACUCAUCAUUCUGGAAAUUGAUAAAUAAGGGGCAAAAUUGAGCAUUUAUCUUGCCUUUCCUAUAUGAACCAACCAGGGCCACCCAAAGUUUAUCCAAUUAAAGUGUUCUUUUGUUUUUAAUGUAUUUAUAUACAGAAAGAAUGAUAGGAUUAGGAAAACUAACAUUUUCUAGCCCCUACUGGAAUAAGGAAUCCAGAAAAUGAUCAACGAGAACUUUAUCAUCAGUUUAUCAAGCUGACCACCUCUGGAACCUUUUGAUCAAUCUUAACCUCAAUAAAAGUGGGAUUGUGGGGCAGUAAGCACCUCCUGAUAUAGUGCCAUAGGCAGUUCACAGCACUACCUGUGACACCUUAUUGCCAAAAUAAUGAAGGAAUGAAGCCUUUAAAUAAAAUUCUUUAAAAUCAAGAAUUUGCAGGAAGAGCUGAACAAGGUAAAUGACACCACAAGGAAGCAAUCAGCCAGAUCCAGAAUGUGUAAAAUUCUGCAGAAUAACUGACCUGAUUUCUUCAACUGAGUGGUAGUUGGAGGAGGGGCAACCAUUAACAGAUUGAAAGAGACAUCUUAACUAAAUUCAAUAUGUAUCCAUUUUGUGGACCUAAUUUUAGCAAAAUUAAAAAAAAAAAAAAACAGUGGGAGAAAUGUGGACAUGGACCAAAUAGUAGAUGAUAUUUAGAAAUAUUAAUUUGUUAGGGGUGCUAAUGUUAGUGUGGUUAUUAAAAAAUGAAACAUCUUGUUAGAGAUACAUACUUACAAUUUAUGAAAUGUUGUCUGGAUUUGUUUUAAAAUAUUCCAGGAAAAAAGGAAAUUGAGGAAAAGAACUGGAAACUAGCUUGGCAAAAUAUUGAUAAUUAUUGAAGUGGGGUGGUUUGUUCCUGGAGGUUCAUUGCUCUAAUAUUUAUACUUUUGUAUGUGUUUGAAAGUUUCAGUAAUAAAAAGUUUAAAAUGCAAAUUAAAACUGAAAUGAUAGGCUUCUAAGAAAUGAAUGAUAAUGUAAUGACUACAUAUCUAAACUUGUGGGGUGUCACCAAAGUUCUAUACAGUGGGAAAUUAAUACUCUCUAAUGCAUGAACCCAGUUUUCAUCUUAUUCACUUCAUCUCUAGCAACAAUGAAGGUCCUGUUGCACAGUAGACACUUGAUAAAUAAAUGUGUUGAAGGAAUGAAUAGUAUGUCAGGAAAACAGAAAUGGAACAAAAUAAAACCAACACAAGUAAAAAGGAGGAAAGUACAAUUAAAAGUAGAAAUUAAGAGACUAGACACUAUUAGACUUAUCCAGUGUUAACAAUGACUAGAUUUUGGUAGGUCUAAUGAAUGAAGGGAAACCCUGGUGGCGUAGUGGUUAAGUACUACGGCUGCUAACCUAAAAGGUCAGCAGUUCGAAUCCACCAGAAACUCCUUGGAAACCCUAUGUGUGGCAGUUCUACUCUGUCCUAUAGGGUCACUAUAAGAAUUAACUCAACAGCAACGAGUUUUUUUUUGUAACAAAAGAAAAAAAAAAGAAAGAUAAUCAUUAACAUUGAUAAAGGUGAUAUAGCUACAGAUUAUCAAUGAGUUUUUUUUUUUAAUUGUACUUGAGAUGAAGGUUUACAGAACUAGCUUCUCAUUAAACAGUGCACAUACUGUUUUAUGACAUUGGUUAACAACUCCACGACAUGUCAGUGCUCUCCCUUCUGGACCUUGGGUUCCCUUUUACCAGCUUUCCUGUCCCCUCCUGCCUUCUAGUCCUUGCCCCUGGCCUGAUGUGCCCCUUUAGUCUCAUUUUGUUUUAUGGGCCUAUCUAUUCUUUGGCUGAAGGGUGAACCUCAGGAAUGACUUCAUCACUGAGCUAAAAGGCUGUUGGGGGCCAUACUCAGGGUUUCUCCAGUCUCUGUCAGGCCAGCAAGUUGGGUCUUUUUUUUGUGAGUUAGAAUUUUGUUCUACAUUUUUCUCCAGCUCUGUCCAGGACCCUCUAUUGUGAUCCCUGUCACAGCAGUUAGUGGCGGUAGCCGAGUACCGUCUAGUUAUGCUGGACUCAGUCUGGUGGAGGCCGUAGCCAUUGUGGUCCGUUAGUCCUUUGGACUAAUCUUUCCCUUGUGUCUUUAGUUUUCCUCAUGCUUCCUUGCUCCCAAAGGGGUGAGACCAUUGAAGUAUCUUAGAUGGCAGCUCACAGGCUUUUAAGGCUCCAGACUCCACUCACCAAAGUAGGGCAUAGAACAUUUUCUUUAUAAACUAUGUUAUGCCAGUUGAGCUAGAUGUAUCCUAAGACCAUGGUCCCCAUAGAUUCCAUCCCAGUAAUUCAGUCCCUCAGAGAGUUUGGCUGUGUCUAUGACCUUGGCUUAUACAGUUGUACGGGCUAUGACCUUGCCUUGUACAGUUGUACUGGCUUCCCUAGUAUUAUGUACUGUCUUAACCCAUAAAAGUCCAUUGCUGUUGAGUCGAUUCCAACUCAUAGUGACUACAGGACAGAGUAGAACUGCCCCAUACGGUUUCCGAGGAGCACCUGGGAUUUGAACUGCUGAUCUUUUGGUUAGCAGCCGUAGUUCUUAACCAGUACGCCACCAGGGUCUCCAUGUGUACUGUCUUACCCUUCACCAAUGUUACCACUUACCUACUGUCCAUUUAGUGUUUUGCCAUCUCCACUCCAUCCCUUCCUUGUAACCAUCAAAGGUGGUUUCUUUUUGUGUGUAAACCUUUUCAUGAGUUUUUAUAGUAGUGGUCUCAUACAAUAUUUGUCCUUUAGUGAUUGAUUUAUUUCACUCAGCAUAACGUCCUCCAGAUUCAUCCAUGUUGUGAGAUGCUUCGAAGAUUCAUCAUUGUUCUUUAUCAUUUCCUAGGACUACAUCGUGUGUAUGUACUGUAGUUUAUUCAUUCAUCUGUUGAUGGGCAUCUAGGUUUUUUUCAUUUUUUUGCUAUUGUGAACCAUGCGUCCAUGGACAUGGCUGUGCAUAUGUCUAUUCGUGUGACGGCUCGUAUUUCUCUAGGACAUAUUCCUAGCAGUGGGAUUGCUCGAUCAUAUGGUAUUUCUAUUUCUAGCUUUUUAAAGAAGUGCCAUAUCGUUGUUCCAAAGUGGUUGUACCAUUUUGCAUUCCCACCAGCAGCAGUGCAUGAGUUCCAAUCUCCCUGCAGCCUCUCCAACAUUUGUUAUUUUUUUUUUCUAUUUAUUAUUGCCAGUAACGUCUGGGUGAGAUGGUAUCUCACUGUGGUUUUGAUUUGCAUUUUCUAAUGGCUAGUGGUCACGAGCAUUUCCUCAUGUGUCUGUUAGUCAUUUGAAUGUCUUCUUUCGUGAAGUGCCUGUUCAUUUCCUUUGGCCAUUUUUUAAUUGGAUUUUUUGUCUUUUUGUUGUCGGACAAAGAGGUGUUGGAUUUUCCUGUAGAUUUUAGAGAUUAGACCUUUGUCAGAUUUGUAAUAGUCAAAAUUUUUUUCCCAGACUGUAGAUUCUCUUUUUACUCUUUUGAUGAGUAUAAAACCAAAAAUCCAAACCCGUUGCCGUCAAGUCAAUUCCGACUCAUAGCGACCCUACAGGAUGGAGCAGGACUGCCCCAUACAGUUUCCAAGGAGCGCCUGGUGGAUUCGAACUGUUGGCCUUUUGGUUAGCAGCCUGAGACUGGAAGAGCUAGAUGGUGCCUGGCUACCACCAUGACUGCCCUGACAGGGAACACAACAGAGAGUCCCUGAUGGAGCAGGAGAAAAGUGUGAUGCAGACCUCAAAUUCUAGUAAAAAGACCAGGCUUAAUGGUCUGACUGAGACUGGAGGGAUCCCAGAGGACAUGACCCCUGGACUCUCUGUUAGCUCAAAACUGAAACUAUUCCUGAAGCCAACUCUUCAGACAAAGACUAGACUGGACUAUAAGACAUAAGAUGAUACUGGUGAGGUGUGUGUUUUCAAGUAAAAUGAAGUUCUU